AUGGACGGUCAGUAUACAUGUGUGCAGCGUAACCGAGUAAUGGCAGUGUUCUUUAUUCCGUAUAUCAUUGCCAAUGUCAAUUAUACUGCAUCUGCGGUAAUGUCGUUGAUAGUUUCUAUAUUUUUCGCCAUUGCAUGUAUUGUUGUACUAAUUGUUAGUCGGUACUAUUCACGACGUAAUGCACAGAAUAUUGCAUUAGUAUCACCGGAGUCUACGGAAAUGACGCGAAAACAAAAUUUGAUCACUGAAAAUGUUGAUUUUAGGGAAAUGACAAUUCCAUAA